AUGGGCAAAGUCGACCGGAAGAAGAGCGCCCGCGCCUCCGCCUCCCCCUACCAAAAGCCCACAAAGGGCGGCGGCCAGAGCGCCGCAGCGAAAGCCGGCUCUGCGAUCUUCAAAUUCAACACCGACCUCGGCCAGCACAUUCUGAAGAAUGGAGCGAUCGCCGACAACAUCGUCGACAAGGCCAAUGUCCAGCCCAGCCAGACCGUCCUCGAAGUCGGUCCUGGUCCGGGUAUUUUGACCACCCGCAUCCUGGAGAAAGCGAAGAAGGUCAUCGCGGUCGAAUUCGAUCCGCGCAUGGCGGCGGAGUUGACGAAGCGCGUGCAGGCGACGCCCAUGGAGAAGAAGCUGCAGAUCGUCCUGGGCGACUUCAUCAAAACGGACCUGUCCAAGUUGCCGCCAUUCCAGACUGUCAUCAGUAAUACGCCGUACCAGAUCUCCUCCCCCCUCAUCUUCAAGCUCCUCUCGAUGCCGAACCCCCCGAAAAUGUGCGUGCUCAUGGUCCAACGCGAAUUCGCACUCCGCCUCCUCGCCCGCCCCGGCGACGCCCUCUACUCGCGCCUCUCGGUAAACGUGCAAUUCUUCUCGAAAGUCUCGCACAUCAUGAAAGUCGGCCGCAACAACUUCCGCCCCCCGCCCCAGGUCGAGUCCAGCGUUGUCCGCAUCGAGCCGAAGCCCGGGAAACCCGAGAUCAGCUGGGACGAGUGGGACGGGAUGCUGCGCAUCUGCUUCGUGCGCAAGAACAAGACGCUGCGCGCGGGGUUCAUGGCCACAAAGAUCCGCCAGAUGAUCGAGCGCAAUUGGAUCACGUGGGCUGCUAUGCAUCCUGAGAAGGUCGCGCAGGCCGAUGUCGAUAUGCUUACCGGCAAGACGCCGUUCCCUGAGGGGAGGUUCGCGGCGACGAGUGGGAAGGAUGAGGAUCUGGAUAUGGAUAUGGACGUUGAUGACGCGCCGAUCGUGGAUGAGGAUGAUGUGGGUGAUAUCUUCAUGGGUGAAGGGGGCGGUGACAAGGGUGGUGCUGUCGCGCAGAGCGGGCCGAUGAUCUCUGUUGCCGGGCAGCAGGUCGCGAAGACGAACGUGACGCGGCUGAUCCAGCAUAAGAUCGAGAAGGUCCUGGAUACAGCGGGGCUGGCCAAUCAGCGUGCGAAUAAGUGUGAUGAGAACGCUUUCCUGCGCUUGCUGCAUGCUUGCAAUACCGAGGGCAUCCAUUUCUCAUGA